AUGAGCUGCCACACGAAGGGAGCCACAGAGCGACAGCGCCACGUGCCGCCGUCCCGGUUGGCUGAGAGGAGGCGGGGGGAGGAGGCGCCGCCGACCAAUCGGAGUCCCCAGCCGCCCUUCAGGGGAUCCCGGGUCCCUCAGGGAGCCCCGGGAGCCCCCAAGCAGAUCCCAGAUCCUAUGGGGAUCCCCAAUCGCCCCCCCCCGGGGGGGGGAUCCCAGAUCCCUCGGGGAUCCCCAGCUGCCCCCAGAGCAGAUCCCAGAUCCCCGGGGACCACUGGAUGCCCCAGCACAGAGCCAGGAUCCUGGGAUCCCCAGUCGCCGCAGAGGGUACCCCAGGUCCCUUGGGGAUCCCUGAGGGGGGGCCCAGAGCAGAUCCCUCAGGGACCGCUGAGUGCCCCAGCACAGAGCCAGGAUCCCCCUGGGAUCCCCACCCACCCCCGAGGGUACCCCGGGUCCCUUGAGGAUCCCUGA